CCUGGUUAUCUCCUCCCAGUGCAGAGGCCUGACUGCCCGGCCGGUGUGAGGAGCAGCAGGGCCACGCGGGCGGUGGAGAGAUGGCCUUAAACUACUCCCAGCCUCCCUACCUGAACCCGGUCAUCCCCUUCUCUGGGAAAAUCCAGGGGGGUCUCCAGGAUGGACUUAAAAUCACUGUCACUGGGACCGUUCUUUACAACCAGGGAACCAGGUUUGCUGUGAACUUUCAUUCUGGCCCCAGUGACAAGGACAUUGCCUUCCACUUCAACCCACGGUUUGAAGAGAGCGGGUAUGUGGUCUGCAACACGAAGCAGAAUGGAAGCUGGGGGCCAGAGGAGAGGAAGAUGAGUAUGCCAUUCCAGAAGGGAAUUCCAUUUGAGCUCAGCUUCCUCGUGGGGAGCUGCGAUUUCAAGGUGAUGGUGAACGGGAGCCACUUCGUGCAGUACUCCCACCGCGUGCCCUUCCACCGUGUGGACACCCUCUCCAUCAGUGGUGCCGUGCACCUGUCCUCCAUCAGCUUCCAGAACACGAGAGCAACCCCCAUCCAGCCUGUCUUCUCCGGGGUGCAGUUCUCGCAGACUGCCUGUUUCCCACCCAGGCCCAAAGGGCGAAAGCCAAAACCUCCAGGCAUGUGGCCGGCCAACUCGGCUCCUAUUACCCAAACUGUCAUCCACACGGUGCACAGCACCCCCGGACAGAUGUUCCCUAACCCCGUCACCCCACCCAUGGUGUACCCCAACCCAUCCUAUUCGCUGCCUUUCUUCACCUCCAUCCCGGGCGGGCUGUACCCCUCCAGGAGCAUCAUCGUGUCUGGCACUGUCCUGCCCUGUGCCCAGAGAUUCCACAUCAAUCUGCGCUCUGGGAGUGACAUCGCUUUCCACCUGAACCCCCGUUUUGAUGAGAACGCCGUGGUCCGCAACACGCAGAUCAACAGCUCUUGGGGGGCUGAGGAGCGGAGCCUGCCCCGAAAUAUGCCUUUUGUCCGAGGCCAGAGCUUCUCGGUGUGGAUCAUGUGUGAAGGCCACUGCCUCAAGGUGUCCGUGGACGGUCAGCACCUGUUUGAAUACUACCACCGCAUGAAGAACCUCCCUGCCAUCAACAACCUGGAGGUGGCAGGCGACAUCCAGCUGACCCACGUGCAGACCUAGGCGGGCUUCCCGGGGGUAAGGGCGGGGGCGAGCUGCCGUCCACCUCUGCUCAUCACCUCCACCGCCCUGUCCCUGCCCCGGCCUUUCCCAGCCAGCUGACGAUCUAGGGGCUUGUCUGGAGAGACCGUGACCUUGUCUGGCUUUGCUUCAGGUUGCAGCCACCCUGGGGGGGGGGACGAAGGCAGCUGGCGGGGACCGCCUUCCUGAGGGUGGUGCCUGGGGCGCCCCGCUCCUUCCUUCCGGGGAGAGGAGGGUGGUCUCUGCAGGCUAAGCCUUAUGUUCGGUCCCCUUGGCAGAAAGAGACCAGGCCUGCACCUCAUCUGCCCCUCAAUCACAUCCCCCACCCCCGGACCCCAUCAACUCCACGCCAGCCCCAAGCUGAUCAUUCUAGUGGGAAGCUGACUCCUGGGCCCCUCCCUUUAACCUUGCCUUGCACCCGACUCCAGCCCUCCCGGUUCCGGGAAAGAUGCCAUGAUGACACUCUCCUGGUCCCCACCAUCCAAGAGGUCCUUUCCCGGCAUCUUUCAAAGAAAGAAAGACAAGGGUGCCUGAGUGGCUCAGUCGGUUAAGCCUCCGACGUCGGCUCAGGUCAGAUCUCA